AUUUUCCUUUUUUCUCCGUCCCAAAAUAAGUUGUCUGUUUCUUGUUAUCGUAAAUUUUUAAGAGUAAAAUACCUAAAUUAUCCUUAAAAAAAGUUACUCUUCUCCACUUUAUCUUCUCAUUCAUCAUCACCAGUUCUCUUAAAAAGUAAUGACAAUUUCAAAAAGUUAACUCUAUUCUUUUUCAUCCUUAGAUAUGUCUCAAAGUCAAAAUGAAUAAUUUAAAAUAGGACGGAGUGGAUAUAAAAUAACAUGGGAUGUGGGAGUUACUAAGGAGUAAUUUUCUGUUGGUCUUAGGCUUGACUGACUCACCUCUGGGUUUCUUCUUCUUUCUCUACAAACAUGGGGAGCAGAAAUCGAGCUCAGCACUACAUCACCGCCGCAGAGUCCGCCCUCGCCGCCCAGAACUUCGAGGAGUGCUGUAAGCAAGCCGCUCUCGCCCAGGAAUCCGACCCGACCAACCAGGCUCCUGCCCAGCUCAUCGCCAUUGCCGACGUCAUGUCCGCCUUCUCCUCCACCAUCAGCAGCGCGGCCGACGGAUCGGGUAAGAAAUCCGACUACUACUUCGUCCUCGGCGUCCCUCGUUUCACGGAAGAUCUCGACGCAAUCCAGUCCAGCUUCGAUCGGCUCUCCGCCCUCUUGAACCCUAACACCAACCCCUUCCACCUCUGCCACCAGGCGCUCGCGCUCGUCAGGAAGGCUUGGAAGACUCUUUCGAACCCUAACCAGAAAUCGAAAUUCGACGAAGAGCUGAGGACGAAGCUGAAAUCCCUGGACGGAUCGGAAAACCAGACCUUCUGGACCGCAUGUACUCACUGUUAUUGCCUGUACGAGUAUCCGGCUGAGUACGAAAACUGUUGCUUGAGGUGUCAGAAUCUCAGCUGCCAAUGUGUCUUUACUGCGGCCGUGUGCCCUCCCCCGCCCCCGGAAGUGAUUGAGAAGGGCAGCUAUGAUUGCCUGGAUGGCAUGUCCGUGGUAAAGACGAAGCACAAAAUGGCAGCGAAUUGCUCUAAGAAGUUGAUGGGGAAAGGGACGAGGGUCGUUCAGGCCAAUGGCUCUGCUCCAUUGUAGGGGCUAACGGAUGAUCAAUGUCAUGGCGGAGACAAUUCGGAUGAUUGGGUAUGGGAAACUCUCUUCCUCGCGUUAUUGUGUUUCUAGGUUACUUCGUGUAGUUUUUGUGUUGGUUAGAAUGCUAAAUCUGCAGGGCGAGGCAUUGCCAUGUGAAAGUUAACAGGCAUGUAGCUUCUUACCCUCAAAUGCAUUUAGGACAGAAUAUCACAGGCAUGUUCUUCAAAACUUUCUUUGUGUAUGUUUUUUUCUUCUUCUCGAUAUUGAAUAUGCUCUGAUCUUCACCUUUUCGAUAUCUUCAAUGGUAAAACGCAUAAAGCUAAACAAUGUCU